CGCGUAGAGGAAGAAACAUAUGAGGAAGUAGACGGCAGUAGUGAACGUAGAUAAAGUAUGGAGAGUCCAGAGUUAAAUUUUACUUUGGCCUACAUAGUGUUCUCUCUCUGCUUCGUGUUUACGCCCAAUGAGUUCCGAACGGCCGGUUUAACCAUCCAGAACCUGUUCUCGUCCUGGCUGGGGAGUGAGGAUGUGGGCUUCACCCAGUACCACAUCAGGAGGACCAGCAUUACCGUACUGGUCCACUCCGCACUUCCUUUAGGUUACUACAUGGGGAUGUGUAUCGCUGCUCCAGAAAAAAACCUGGGAUACAUUCACCAGGUGAGAGACAGCUGGAGAGCCUUUCUCCUCCUCUCUCUCUUCCUCCAGUUGGCCAGCUGGACGCUCGUCAUCUACUGGUCCCGCCGUCACUGGCACAACCAUCCAAUGAGCCGGGCCCUACAGGCCCACGUACAGCCUCCUCACUCCAACUGGGGCGCUGUGGCAACUAGCAUAAACACUGAGUUCAGACGCAUAGAUAAGUUUGCUACAGGGGCGCCUGGAGCCAGAGUCAUUGUUACUGACAGCUGGGUGGUGAAGGUGACCACAUAUCACGUCUACAUGGCCUUACAGAGUGAUUGUCAUGUGACUGUGACAGAGUCUAGACAGCACCAGCUUAGUCCAGACUCGGUCUCCCCUGCACAGAUCUUGACUCUGAGAGUGGAAAGCAUCAACCCGGCUGUCAGAUCCUUUGAUAUCAGGCUUAACUCUACAGAGUAUGCAGAGCUCAGAGAGAAGCUCCAUGCUCCCAUCAGAAACUCAGCCAAUGUAGUGAUCCACCAAACCAUCAGUGAACUCUUCCUGGAAACAUUCAGAGCUCAGGUGGACCUCAACCAGCCAUACACGCUCCCCAGUGGACAGGAGAUGGAGCCCUGUAUCGGCUGUAUGCAGGUUCCGGCAAACACCAAGCUCGUCAGUCUCUGCCACACAGAAGGAGCUGAGAAUGAGUGCCAGCAGUGUUUCUGUAGACCCAUGUGGUGUCUUUCCUGUCUGGGUCGAUGGUUUGCAAGCCGCCAAGACCAGCAAAGACCUGAGACCUGGUUGUCCAGCAGGGUCCCCUGCCCCACCUGUAGAGCCAGAUUCUGUAUACUGGACGUCUGUGUGGUGCGCUGACAAGACCCACAUACAGAUCUGAAGUGAGGUGCGUUUUUAAGCAACAUACAGCAAAAAUCCUCUGGAGGAGAAGGAAUGGACAGGACACUGGACUGAACUUGGUUAUGUACCUGCCUAUUCUGUGCUUUCAAUAAGGAGCGAUCAUUUAGAGUAAUGAUGUAACACUUUCAAAAACAUUUGGUUUGAAUCUUAACAUAGUGUAAAGUGGCAUGAUCAGUGUGACAUUUUGCUUGUUUGGUGUGUGAUCCCGAAAAUCAAAGUGAAAAAUAUGAUUUAGAAACUUGAAGUCACCAGUGCACAUACACUGAGAAUGGACUUAGAUAUCGUGUGUCUAGCAAGAAAACCCAAAAUUGACCCAAAUUUGUAUAUUCAUAGUUUUUUAAUGAGGUAGAAGGAGUAGAUGACUCCAAGGGUUUUAAUGUGGAAAUUGUACUUUUUUUUUAACCUGACAAUGUCAGGGUAAACCAAUCCUCAGAGAAGGUGGCUAAUAAAUGAUGUGGUAUUGGAUGGCAUACUUGAUACCCAAUCCCACAUUUUAGGCAGUAUCGGAGGGAUUUUAAUUACUGGUAUCAGCAUCCUUCAAUCAUUUCAGUUGUGGUUUGAAUAAUAGGACAGUUGUUGAAAUUUGGGGAAAUUGCCCAAAUAAUGACUGUCCGUGCGUCCUGGAAAAUCUGGAAAUUUAGAGACUAGUUUUACAGUCAUGGAAACACCUGGAAAUUGAUUAAAAUUAAAUAAUCUAUUUUGUCCUGAAAAAUGUUAAUUGUAUUUUAGCCCCUCACUCAGGUUGCCUACAGUUGGUAGCUGCGUGGUGUGACACUUCAAAGUGGGUUAACCAGACGUGAAACAGAACGGAAAAACGUUUUUAAUGCUCCCCUUUCCUUUUGGCCAUGUCAGGCAAUAUAACUGUUCACACCAGACGCAGAGUGGAGCAGAUUUGCAGCAGUCUUUGUGGUGUCAUAAUGAACCUGAGGCAGGCAUAAAACUGAACUUAAAGUUAAUGCUACGCCUACCGAUAAAUUAUAUUGUGUCCGGAAUUUACUCCUGGAAAAUUAUGUAAAAGAGUGGCAACACUGGAAGAAGUUUUCUUUUUUCUCUUUUCUGCUCUAAUACAAGCUUUGAUGUGUGUUGUUGGUGUGUGUGUUUUAUACCACUGCAUUGCAAUGAAAUAUUUGUUUGUGUUGUAAAAUAUGAAUCAUGGGGACUGUGUAUACAGAACGCAUGUAUCCUUUUUAUUAGUUUAAAGGUCCAGUGUAACAUUUAGGAGGAUCUAUUGUCAGAAAUGGAAUACAAUAUUCAUAGGUACAUCAAAAUUGUACAAACGCACAGCAACUACACUGCUAGAUGCCACUGAAAUUUACACACUGAACCUUUAAACUUCAGAAUCAGAAUCAGAAAUACUUUAUUGAUCCCCAGGGGGGGAAUUUGUUAAACUUGGUCAAACAGUUACAACAAGGGUAGGUAGUAGGUAGAUGGGGUACAUAAGAGAAAAUGUAAAAUAAAAGGGCAGUUUAGUACCGGAUUAAAGGAUGCAUGGAAAGAGAUUGCAAGCAGAAUUGAUGCUAGCUUUAUGCCUUAUAGCCCUGAGGAAAAUAGGCAAAAAUAGUCCAACAUCAUAUCAAAAGUGAAUGUAAUUCUCAUCUUUUUUUAAAGAUACAUUUUAAAAAUAUAACAGUGGUCAUGAUGAGCAAUGUUAACAUGCCACUGUUAUAUAGCCAUAAAUGUGUUUGUGAAGGUGCAAUGUAGGAGCCCAGCAGGCCCUAACCUAUAUUCUAAAUCUGUCAGUGAGAGUGAAAGUGAAGAAAGUUCACUUCUGUUAGAUAUGGUAAGAUUCACAGAUCCCAUUGGUGCAACCAAAAGUUGAAGAUGCAGUGCUGAUGUUUUUAGUAUGAUGCAUCAUUUCUAACAUCUUUGCAUUGGUAAAAAACUAUUUGUAUAUAAUUAUUUGUUGACAUCCUAAGCCUUUAUUAUACAGAAAUGUGACCAGUAAUUUUAUUUGUAGAUUGAUAUUUCCUCUCUAAACUGUUCCUCAAGCUGCUGAAGAAGAACCAAAAUAAUAAAGUCAAACGAUCUGUACCACA